GCGAGCGCAGGGAGGCGGGCAAGGUAACUGCAGUUACCUCAGGAGCGAGUGAUGAGCAGCUAUGACCAGCAGCGGAUAGCCGAGUACCACAGACACCACCUCGCCUACAUGGAGCAGAUGAACAUGAGGCGAUACGAGGAGCUCAUCAAGCAACAGCAGCAGCAGCAGCAGCAGCAACAACAACAGCAACAUCAACAGCAGCAGCAGCAGCAGAAACAGCCUCCUCCGGCGACGAAGGAGGAGAAGAAGCCCUCGGAGGCAGCCGUCGCCAUGCAGCAUCCCACGUCGGCGUCGGCGGCGGCAUCGCUCCGACCGCCCUCCUCCUCGUCGUCCUCCUCCUCCACCUCCUCGGCGGCAGGGGGGGAGGUGAAGCCGGAGUACAUGCAGGGUCACCCGGCGUACCGCAUGUCCUACCCGCUCACCGACAUGGCCGCGCACCAGAUCAAGCAGGAGGCGAACUUCAGCCUGUACGGCUACCGGCCCUUCCAGCAUUCCUACAUCUCCCAGGACAAGCUGAGCCAGCUGCAGCAGCCGCUGCCCCUGUCCACGCAGCAGCAGCAGCAGCAGCAGCAGCAUCGCGGCCGGGAGCAGGAGCGGCAGGGCACGCUGCAGCACGACCGCCGCGGCAUGGAGCAGCACGAGCGUCGGAGCAUGGAGCACGACCGCGGCUCCAUGGAACAGCACGAGCGACGGAGCAUGGAACACGAGCGGAGGAGCAUGGAACUGGAGCGGCGGAGCGUCGAGAGCAAUCACAAGCGACACGGCAUGGAGCACGAUGUGCAUGUCAUGGAACAGGGCCGGCACGGCAUGGAACAUGUUCGUCACAGCAUGGAACCCAGCCGACACGGCAUGGAACAGACCCGACAUGGCAUGGAACAAAGCCGGCACGCUAUGGAACACGAGCGACACAGCAUGGAACACGCCCGACAAGGCAUGGAACAGAGCCGGCACUUAACGGAACACGAGCGCCGCAGCAUGGAACACGAGCGGCGCAUCCUGGAACAUGUGCAUCAUGGCAUGGAACACGACUCACCGCGCGGCGCGGAGCACGAGGCGUGGCGCAGGAUGGAACAGGAGCGGCAACUCCACGAUCACGAGCGGAGAAUUCCGGAACCGGACGACCGCCGGAUUCCGGAACCGGACCGGAGGAUCCCGGAGCAUGACCGCUGCAUGUCGGAACAUGACCGGAGAAUUCUGGAACCGGAGAGGAGGAUUCUGGAGCACGAGCGGCGGGUUCCGGAACCGGAACGGAGGAUCCCGGAGCACGACCGCCGGAUUCCGGAACCGGACCGGAGGAUCCCCGAGCACGACCGGCGGAUUCCGGAACCGGACCGGAGGCUUGCGGAGCAGGAGAGGCGGAGCGGAGUGUCGCCGGGGGCGACGGCAGCGGCGGCGUCUGCCGCGCACAACCCCAAGAAGCGUUUCCUCUCGCAUCCGCCACCGCUCGUCCGCCACGAGGAGGGCCUCGGCAACCGGCUCGCGAUCGCCGCGGCAACCGAGCACGCAGCAGCCGCGUCGCCGCCGGAGACGCACGGCAAGGAGGCCGGCGCCGCCGCUGCCGUCGCCCCCGGCGACACUCCGCUCCGCCUCUCCUGCUCCCUGCCGGGAGGGGGCGCCACGCGUGGCUCGGUCGUCGUCUCGCGCUGCGGCGGCGACCCCUGGGAGCAGGCGAUGGAAACGAGCCCGCCGUGCCGCGACCGGCCGCCCGUUCUCUCGCCCUGCGUCUCACCGCCAGGGGGCGCCUCCUCCGCCUCGGUGAUCGUCACCGCGGUGACGGCGCUGCCAUCGAAAGCCUCGACGCCAUCCUCGUCGUCAACGACGAGCGAGGGGGCGCCGGCGUCCAGCGCGGCGCCGGGAUCAGUGGGGUCGCGCGCGAACGGACUCGAGACGUCGGACAGCGAGACGCGCAGCGCGGCGUCGUCGCCGCCCGCGGGCCGAGACGCCGCAGCCUCGCCGUGUAAGAGCAACCCGACGAAGCUGAAGAAAGCCUGGCUGCAGCGACACUCCGACGAAGACUCCAACAAGGGGGCGCCGCCGGUCGUCGCCGCGGCGACGGGGGUCGGCAGCGCCGACGAGAACAGCCACCCGGCGUGCGCAAAGCUAGAGGGCGCCGCGGCGGCGGCGGCGGCGGCGGCGGUGGCGGCGGAGAGGCUCGAGGAGCAGCCGAAGCGGCGAGGAAGGAAGCCGAAGCUGGAGAGGGAGAAGGAGGAGAGGGAGAAGGAGAGGGAGAGCAGCAAACUCGCUGAGACAGCGUGGAAGCGGGUCGUGCAGGGCGUGCGCGAGAUGUGUGACGUCUGUGAGACGACGCUCUUCAACUACCACUGGGUGUGUGACCGCUGCGGCUUCGUCGUCUGCCUCGACUGCUACCGAACGCGCAGGGAGGAGAAGCCAGUGCCGAGGGCAAGCCGGCGAGGCAAGGACAGGGACGAGUACAACUGGGAUGACGUGCAACAACAAGUCGCGGACACUGCAUGGACAAGCGCAUGCUUACACAAUCAUUCCCGCACCGUACUGAAGGACUUGCAGAAGUUGAUACAGGAGGCGCGCGCCAAGUGGAAGAUCCCCGAGAUUCGCUCACGUUCGGGCAAGAACAACGGGAACAUCAGCGAAGUGCGGACGAGCCAAUGGCCUGCGUCAGGAAUUCUAGCGAAGAUCCAGCAGAUCCGUGUUGUAAUGUGGCCUGUUGGACGGAGCGUCUGCUGCGGCUGGACGACGGCCGACGAACCGCGACGUGCGCUGUUCCAGGGACAAGUGGAGCGCGGGCAGCCCUGCAUCGUCUCCGGCGUUCACCGGCAGCUGACCUCUGACCUGUGGAAGCCCGAAGCGUUCGCGCGGGAGUUCGGCGACGAGCGAAACGACCUCGUCAACUGUGAGACGGGCGCCGUGCUUCCCAACCAGCCGAUGAAGGUCUUCUGGGACGGCUUCGAGAGAGUGUCGAAGCGUCUGCGAGUGGACGGUGGCGCUCCGACGCUCGUCAAGCUGAAGGACUGGCCGCCGGCGGACGACUUCAACCACCUGAUGCCGCCGCGCUUCGACGAACUGAUGGCAGCCGUGCCCGUGCCGGAGUACACGCGCCGCGACGGCCCGCUCAACCUCGCCACGCGCCUCCCCGACUUCUUCGUGCGUCCCGACCUCGGACCCAAGAUGUACAACGCUUACGGCGCGCUCGCCGGCUCCUCGACGCUGCCCAGCGUUGGCACCACCAACCUCCACCUGGACAUCAGCGACGCCGUCAACGUCCUUGUCUACGUCGGCGUCCCCGAGGAUGACCCCAACCACGACCACCGCGCAGAGGUGCUGAAAGCGAUCGAGGAUUCGGACGUUGACAUGGCGACGCGCGCGCGCGUGAAGGAGAGCAAGGAGACGCCGGGCGCGCUGUGGCACAUCUACCGCGCCUGCGACGCCGACAAGAUACGAGAUCUCCUCAACAAGGUGGCGGAGGAGCGCGGCCAGCGUCCGGAGCCGCACCACGACGCGAUCCACGACCAGUCGUGGUACCUCGACGUCUACCUGAGGCAGCGUCUCGUCGUCGAGUACUCGGUCGAGGCGUACAGCAUCGUCCAGUUCCUCGGAGAUGCCGUCUUCGUCCCCGCCGGCGCCCCUCACCAGGUGUGCAACCUUCACAGCUGCAUCAAGGUCGCGGAGGACUUUGUCUCACCGGAGGGCGUCGGCCAUUGCUUCGCGCUCACGCAGGAGUUCCGCCUGCUCUCGGAGACGCACAGCAACCACGAGGACAAGCUGCAGGUCAAGAACAUCAUAUUCCACGCCGUCAAGGACUCCGUCGGCGUUCUCUUGUCGUUGAAUCCGCCCGGCGAGUAGAGGGCGCUGUGGUCGCGUGACGUCCGCCGCAAGAGGGUCGCGAUAACGCCAACCCGAGACGAUAUGAUUCGUCACACGCUUGUGACCCGAGAGGGGUCGUCCAGGGGGUCAUCUCCCGUGACCUCGGGAGUCGUCCAGGGGUCGACUUCCGUGACCUUGGGGUGCGCUGCAGGGUCACCGGAUUGUGUAACGCGGUCCGGUCGCAAGAGAGAGAGAAAACGAGACGAGGCGCGACACCACCGCACACGUCUGCUUUCCGGUUCUCCUCCAAUCCCCGCCCCGCCACGCCCCGUAAACGAAACGGGAAAACCGAACUCCGCAGGGGGAAUAUUCCCAACUCGUGGAAUUCUUUGUGGUCGCCGUCGUUGCCACGGCGAUCGUCGAGACAGUGAGAGAGAGAGAGAGAGAUGAUAUAGAGAUGCGAGAACCGUUCGUACUCGCCCUCCUUAGAUGAUUGAAUCGUCACCGACACACGCGCGCGCGCGCGAGGAACGCCAACGUGAGAUCGCACGAGAGCGCGCGCGCACACGAGAGAGAGAGGGGGAAGGGGGAAGGCCCCCCCCCCAGAGCGACAAUGCGUGCGGCGAUAUCGAAAGCUCCGGAGUGAGUAUUUUGGUUUUUUAAACGUGAAAUCCCGGCGGACGUAGGUGAGUCAAGGAGGCGUACGUGCUGCCGGGCGGGGGCGGGGGGUGGGUCGCGUUCCCCCUCCCCCCACACACACACUUACCCUGCGCGCACGAACGUGAGUUGCAUGGGUAUCCGCCUCCCCCCACCUCGCCCCGCCUCACCUCUCCCGACCCACUACGUAACGUGAAUGAGUAGUCAUGGUGAGUUGUUGUCCGUGGGAUCGACAAAAAUAGGUUCGUUGCAAUCAGUGGGAUACCAAAGCACGUGUUAGGAAAUCUCUCGCACCUCCCCUGCCCCAUCCCACCCCGCUCCGUCCCGCGUCGGGUAACCACAGCUCGCGGCCACUCAAGACAGGUAGGGAGCGCGUCACCACGACAUGAUGCAAUGACGCUGUACGUCGCGUCGCGUGGCGGUACGUCGCGACGUGUCAGGGUACGUCGCGACGUGUCAGGGUACGUCGCGACGUGUCAGGGUACGUUGCGACGCGACACGGUACGUCGCGACGCGUCAGGGUGCGUCGCGACGCGUGGCGGUGCGUCGUGACAGGGUUGUGCUACGUCACGCAACAGGUUGUGCUGCGUCGUCGCUACACGAACGACGCCGGCCACGUUUCGCGCAGACCUAGCGUCGUGACGCGCCAUCGUCACGCGGUGAUCUGGAUCCCCGGAUCGAGGGACGUCUUACGUCCCGUCUCGCGGGGUUAGUCGCGCCCAGAACGCGUGUAAAUACCUACUACCGUUUCGUGUUCGCGCACGUGUAUAAUAAUAGACUCUACCGAAACAGCGCGCGCGCACGCCCAGUGCGGCGGCCAUUUUGUUUUUAUUUUUUCCCUCCCUUUGUUUUCGUCGCCGGUGUUAGGCGGCCGUGCGGCACACAGUACUGGUGAGCGAGAUCCCGACUGUAAAUAGCAUGGUUUGCGCGUGCGGGUUUCUCUGUUAAUAGUGAUUAUAUUUAACCAACGCCAGGUUCAAUACCCCGGGGGCCCGGGUGACGACGGCGCCCCCUAUUGUACAUAUUUAUUACUAUAUCGUAUAGUGCGUGCGCGACAUUUCCGUGGCAGAUGUCGUGCUGUAGAUGUGUUGCAUCCGUGAACGCCAGUCUCUUCUAUUCUCGUACAUAUAUAUAAGUAUAGUGUUAUAUCUAUCCGUACUAUGUAUGUGAUUUCGUACAUAAUCCUUAUACAUAAGUGGGGCCAGAGUAAUAUGUACUUAUAUUCUCGUCUGUUAGUCUUCGCUCGCAGGGUGUGCAGCAGCAGCAGCAGCAGCAGCAGCAGCAGCAGCGUGCACCGCUGGUGUGUGCGAACCCCCUGCGAGUGUUACAUUACGUAACAAAUCCGUGUGCGUGUGUGGUGGAAAAUCAGUGGAGUUUUAUAUAGAAGUUUUCAUUCAUCCUCGUAUGUAUAUAUAUAUAUAAUAUAUAUAUAAAUAUAUAUAUAUAUAUGUAUAUGUAUAUCUGUAAGAUAGAGUCGUGAUUCUCGUUGUUUUUACAACAAACCCGUCUGAACGAGGUUACUACCCAACUAAUAUCCGUUGACAGCAAGCAGGUAGAGUAGAGAAAGCACAUAUACAUACGCGCGCGCACGCUCGCACGCACACACGCACACACACCGGACAUCACUACUACUACUACUACUGCCCGAUUUUUUCACGGAGAUUUUCAGUGUAAGCAGGAUAUUUUAUUUCACGGAUUGGUUGAUCAACAUUUGUACAUACUGCCAUAGCAAUAUUUUUAUAAGCAUAAAGUGGUUCAGGAGUCGCCUGGGGGUGGUGAUGUAUGUAUGUCACGAAUAAAUAUUAUUAUAAUUGUAAAUCCUCGUGUAGGCUGCUCGGUCGACCCAUCGCGUGCACGCACGCGUGUACGCAUGCGGGCCCCUGCACAUCGUCAUGUAAUCGUUUCUGUACUAUUUAGAUGUCUAGAUGAUAAGAUGUUGAUCUUGAAUGUUCUUAAUUACUUGAAAAUAAAUUGGCCAUUUACGAUGUGUAAAAAAUA